AUGUUUAGAGCAACCGAAAUACAUCUUUAUAAAUUAUAUGUUUCAAGAGAAUAAGCUUUUCAACUUCUCACUAAAAUUGGGCAUAUGAAAUGUGUUAAUUUAGUCAAUUGUUCAAAUAGUGCAUUUCAUGAGCAUGACUAUUACAAGCAAUUAAAAAUAUGCGAUGAUAUUUAUAAUAAAAUUAGUGAGAUAAAAAAUCUCUUGCAGUUAUAUAAUAAAUAGAUAAAUUAUUGUCCUAAUUAUGAACAAUUCAUAUAAUAUAUUACAAUUACUGAAGAUUAAGCGAUCAAAAUUGAAUAAGAACUAGCACAUAAAUUGCAAUUUAUUUCAAGUCAAUAGACAAAUUUGCAAUAGAUUAUUGAAUAAAGAAAUAUAUGUGAAGAAAAGAUGUAAAUAUAAUAUUUAAUUUAAGUGCAGUAAUAUAAUAUUGCAAAGACUUCAUAUACAAAUUCUCAGGAAUUUAAUUAGGAUAUAUUGUUGGAUGCAUUAAUUCUAUUGAUUCUUUGAAAUUUAAUCGUAUAGUUUUUAGAGUAACAAAGGAAAAUGGAAUUAUAAAAUUUAAGAAUUUAAAUAAUAAUUCAAGGACUAUUUUUACGUUGGUAUUUGCUGUAGGUAAGUAUGAAAAUUUGAAAAACAAAUUACUAAAAAUAUGUGAAGUAUUAAUAAAUUAAUUGAUUUAGGCUUUUAAUGUAUCUGUAUAUUAAUUACCUGAAGAAAUUAAUUUAGAAAAUGAAAUCUCUGAAUUACAGAAUAAAUUACUUAAUCUAGAGAUUGUUAUCUAAAAAACGAAGUAUGAAAUAGAUUAACAGUUGGAUUAUUUUUCUGACAUUUAAGCUAGAAUCCCAUUGGAGUUGGAUUAGGUAUAUGAUUUUGGUUACUGUUCAUACAUUUGCCAGUUAAAAAUUAUUUUAGAUAUGAUUAGUACCACUUAUUAUCAUCUAACAUUUUUUGAAGGAAAAUCUCAAUUUUUGAUUGGUUAAAUAUGGUGUUAGUAAAGUGAUAUAGAAGAAUUAAAAUAAUUUGGGUUUCAAAUUGAAAUUAUGCGAGAUAUCAAUGAAAAUAUGUAUGAACCACCUAGUUUAUUAAAAACAAAUUAAUUUACUUAUAUCUUUUAAGAAUUAGUAAACACUUAUGGGAUUCCAAGAUAUGAUGAAAUAAACCCUGGACUUUUCACAAUAAUUUCAUUUCCAUUUUUAUUUGGUAUGAUGUUUGGGGAUAUUGGACAUGGAGUAAAAUAUUGUCUAUAUAAAGAUACUCUUAACACUUUUUGGUUUCUAUUUAUUGAUCUUUGGUUAAAGAAUCAUAAAAAGAAUUAAAUUAUAAAACAGCAGUGAAUAUCUUGCUUAUUCAGACUUUUAGAGUUUAUAUCAAUGCAGAUAUUUGAUAAUAUUAAUGGGUCUUUUUGCUACUUAUUGUGGUUUUAUAUAUAAUGACUUUUUUUCGAUAUCUUUAGAAUACAAAUUAGAAAAGUUUUAAUUAGGUUUUGAUGGAAAAUGGAGUAUGUCUGAAUUCCAUCUAACAGUAAUGAAUUCUUUCAAAAUGAAAACUGCAAUAAUCGUUGGAGUUACUUAAAUGGUUUUUGGAAUCUUACUGAAAGGUUAGAAUUGCUUAUAUUAGAGAAGAUUUGUUGAUUUUUUCUUUAGCUUCUUACCUGAAUUAGCAUUUAUGCUCUCAACUUUUGGAUAUAUGUCUUUUUUAAUAAUUAUUAAAUGGCUUACUGAUUAUAGUAAUAAUAUGGAACCACCAUCAAUUAUUACAACUUUACUAAAUAUGGUCUUUAAACUUGGCGGUAUUAAUGGACCUGAAAUGUAUCCUCAUUAAGUUUACGUUUAAACUAUUUUAAUUAAAGUAGCCAUCUGCUCUCCAAUAAUUAUGUUGCUUAAGCCUGAGGCUAUUCGUAUCUAAAGGGCGUAUUUUAAUUAAAGAAAUUAAUAAAUUGUUUAUGAUGAAUUAAUAGAACAGUAAAAUCAUUAAGUAGAAUAAAAUCAACAAAAAAAUCAACUAUUUGGCUAAUUAAUAGAAAAUAGAAAAAUUAUAGAGGAUAAACAUUUCGAUUUUUCAGAGAUUUAUAUUGAAAGUUUAAUCUAAUGUAUUGAAUUUAUUUUAGGAGCUGUGUCUAAUACAGCCUCAUAUUUGAGAUUGUGGGCACUUAGUUUGGCACAUUCUCAACUAUCUGAAGUAUUUUUUAAUUCUAUAAAUAUAUUAGGUCUUCUUCAAAAUGUCACUAGAACCAUAAUUGUGUAAUGGAUCAAUUUUCGGGAUUUGUUUUACUUUUAUGAUUUAUGCCUUAGCAACUUUUGGAGUUUUGAUGUGUAUGGACACUUUAGAAUGUUUUUUACAUUCUUUAAGAUUACAUUGGGUAGAAUUUUAGAGCAAAUUUUAUAAAGGAGAUGGCUAUAGGUUCUAAAAAUUUAAUUAUCUUUAUUUUUUAGAUUAGAAAUUUUAAUUUAGUACAAGAAUGUGA